ACUGGAGAUAGAAGGUGGUGGGGGACUAAUGUCAGUUCUGCCUUUAAUUGCUUCCACAAAUUGAACACCCCCUCUUUUUCUCUCCUCUAUCUUUAUUUUUCUUGCCUCAAAAUUAAAUCCCUGAUUCAAUAUAAAUGUAUUAGCUUUUCUUUUAACAAGAAUUGAUAUUGGCCUAUUUAUUAUACCAAGAAUGAAGAAUCACACACACACACCUAGCCCAUAGGCUAAUAUACCUACACAGUUUUGUUUUGUUUUACCAGGUGAUUCUUUUCUUUUCUCCUUUUAGUAAGGUGGGUUUGCUGCAUUUUCUUUUCAGACCAGGAUUUUCAUUUUGGGCCAUGCUUAAAUCUCUUCUACUCUAAUGCAACUGGCUAUGGUUUGACUAAUUCUUGGUCAUCACUGAAGCACCAUGAAAUUUGGAGUAAAGAAGGGAUCCUGGAAGGCUAUAGUACCACUUCGCUUGAAAGGGAAGUCCGUCGCACGUUUUGGUCUAUUUCCCAAACCAAAGUCGGCCGAUCAUUGUUCUGGAAGUACACCAGUUUAUCUCAAUGUAUAUGACUUGACGCCUAUGAAUGGCUAUGCAUAUUGGGCUGGUUUUGGUAUCUUUCAUUCUGGUGUGGAAGUUCAUGGUGUUGAAUAUGCAUUUGGUGCUCAUGACUAUCCGACCAGUGGUGUGUUUGAGGUUGAGCCCCGACAAUGCCCAGGUUUCAAGUUUAGGAAGUCAAUUUAUAUUGGGACUACAUGUAUGGAUCCUGACCAGGUAAGGGAAUUUAUGGAGCAUCACGCAGCAAGCUAUAAUGGCGAUACUUAUCACUUAAUUGCCAAGAACUGCAAUCAUUUUUGCAAAGAUAUCUGCUACAAAUUGACUGGGAAGCAUAUUCCGAAAUGGGUGAAUCGACUUGCAAAAAUAGGUUCGAUCUUCAAUUUUGUACUACCUGAAGCCCUUAAAAUUUCUGCGGUGGAACAUGACCCCAAUUACCAAGAAUAUGAUAGUGACAAGAGGAGGCUAAGAAGUAGCUUCAGUAACUGCCUCUCUUCAAUCUCAACAAGGCAGAAACAGUUAUCUUCAUCUUCGUUGUUUAUACAGUCUCCAUUAAAAGGCUGCUUACCAACAUGGGAAUUAAGUCGAUCGAAGAAAAUAUGCUGAAUGGAUGGGAAAGAUUAUAUAUUAGCAAGAGAAAGUGUCUCUUGAACUUGUGUUAGAUAAGAGCUAGCUUCAUGACCAAAUGUUUUGAUUGAAUAUUCAUCAGCCUGUUCAAUAGAAGGAAUAUUUGUAAAUUGUACAUUUAUUAUGCAGGCAUUGGAAAGGUGCAGUUCACCACCAGCCA